ACUGAGUGCUGAGCGCCGGAAGCAGCCGGAACUACUGCGCAGCGGCGCGGAGGCAGGACCGCAAGGCCGCUGUCAACAUGCCGGUGACUGGAAAGACAUUCCGCCGACGCCGGGCCGACUCGGAGUCGGAGGAGGAUGAGCAAGACUCAGAGGAGGUUCGAUUAAAACUGGAAGAGACCCGAGAGGUGCAGAACUUGAGGAAGAGGCCCAACGGGGUGAGUGCUGUGGCCCUCCUGGUGGGAGAGAAGGUACAAGAAGAGACCACUCUAGUGGAUGAUCCCUUUCAGAUGAAGACAGGCGGUAUGGUGGACAUGAAGAAACUGAAGGAAAGGGGCAAAGAUAAGAUCAGUGAAGAGGAAGACCUCCACCUAGGGACAUCAUUUUCUGCAGAAACCAACCGAAGGGAUGAGGAUGCUGACAUGAUGAAGUACAUUGAGACAGAGCUGAAGAAGAGGAAGGGGAUUGUGGAACACGAGGAACAGAAAGCCAAACCGAAGAAUGCAGAGGACUGUCUUUACGAACUUCCAGAAAACAUCCGCGUUUCCUCAGCAAAGAAGACCGAAGAGAUGCUCUCCAACCAGAUGCUGAGUGGCAUCCCCGAGGUGGACCUAGGCAUUGAUGCUAAAAUAAAAAACAUCAUCUCCACGGAGGAUGCCAAGGCCCGUCUGCUGGCAGAGCAGCAGAACAAGAAGAAAGACAGCGAGACAUCCUUUGUGCCCACCAACAUGGCUGUGAAUUACGUGCAGCACAACCGAUUUUAUCAUGAGGAGCUCAAUGCUCCCAUACGGAGAAACAAAGAAGAGCCCAAAGCCCGGCCCUUGAGAGUGGGUGACACGGAGAAGCCGGAGCCUGAGCGGUCCCCUCCUAACCGCAAGCGUCCCGCUAAUGAGAAGGCCACUGAUGACUAUCACUAUGAGAAAUUCAAGAAGAUGAACAGACGGUACUGAGGGUGGCUGAAGGGGAGAAGCGCAGAAUGGGAUGUAACCAGCACCCGCCCCUGCUUCCCACCACGAUAAAAGGCUUCCUGGACAGAAGUUUGCUCAUUUACUAGGAGACAUUUCCCAAACAGACUCCAUUAGUCCUGCUGCUUACCUGCUGGACUUUUCAGGUAACCUUUUGAAAUAAAACAAUGUGUAGUUUUCCUAUUUGUGGGGCAAACUCUAUUCUUGUGAGCAUUAUUAAAUGUCGUUGUAAAUAUCUUGACUUUCUCUUACUAUUCGCCCUGAGUCAGGACGAUACAGUGGUGUGAUUGGGAUGAGAUCAUACUGGUUAGAUUGUGAUUUUAUUAUUAUAUAUGUAAUCGUGUAUUCUACUUUCAAAUAUCUGGAAUGGGUUCAGAAAUGUACGCUUCACUGUUUACAGUGGGUCCAGCUGACAGCAGAAAAAUCUAGAAUGGCAUCAAAGGGACACUGCUAUUUUGUGACUUUUACAAAGUUACUUGUUUCUUUUCAUUAAGAAAGAAAAAAGUUUCUAUCACUUUCAGCACUUAAGUAUUAAAUAUGAAAUUAAUCCAA